GCAAGCCCUUCCAUAUCAGAGAGCCAGUUUCUAGGCCUAUGGCAAAAGUACAAGCUCUUCCAUUUUAGAAAAUCAUUUUGAUAUCAUAAGCGAUGGCCACCAAGCUCGCUGAUUGUCCCACUCGCUUAAUGCCAACUCCACAUAAAGCCCCAACACCAUAACAAACUCGAAAUCCUACCUACAUAUCUCCCAAGGCCAAAAUACAAUGGAAGAAGAAAAAGACCACCCCUGCCAACCCGACCCUCCCAAACCCGCACCCUCUCAGAGGAAAACCCCACCACCCAAGACCUAUCUCAACGACACCAGUAAACAUCAAGACCAAGACCAAGGUCAACGUGACCACAAUGAACCAGAUCCAAAUCCUCCACCACCAGCAUAUACCCCAACAGUCCUAAUUCAAAACCAAACAACUCACUCCGCCUACCGACCCUCCUCCAUCCUCCCCAAACCAGUAGUCAUACCCGGGUACGCCCCACCCAGGAUGAAAGAAAACCAAAACGAUUUGAGGGACCAGGUCUUGAGAGCCAAUAAGAAUAUGCAGACCGCAAUAACGUGCGUUGUCAAAGAUGCAUUAAUUUUAGAAACAUAAUCAUAAGUAGGAGAAAUAAAAAGAGAGGAAAUAAAGGCAAAUUAAUUAUAACAACAGGAUUGAUGGAAAUACAACGGCGCAAUAUAUGUUAUAAAGAAUUGAUGAGGCGGGAGGAAGUGGUAAUGGGGAAAGAGGUAUUGUGUGGGACAUAAGCUCUUUCACAGAGGGAAGUGAGACAACAAAGAGUGAGCUCGUAAGAAUAAGAGAUGGUACACUUGCUCAGGUCCUCUACGACUUACCUGUGGGUGAUCCUUCCAAGGUUGCCGAUCGCGUACCUGUAUGCAAAUGUCAGGCACUACACUACGACGGGGAACAGCGCCAGUAUAGAAUAGGCUGGUAAGCCAAGCAACAGCGAAUCUUGUACUGACUGAGAGGGCGGAGACAGUUGAGAUGCAUUUCCUAGUAGUCUUCGCUUCAAUUUCCCCUGCCAACCGAUCUCCCGUUCCUUUAAUGUCUGUCGUACAAUCCUAUCAUUGGGCUAUCUAGGAGAACUUUUGCUAAUCGAUCAAUAAUUUUUGGCAGACUCACAUCCUCAAGAUAAAUUACCCCUAUAGUUCAGCUGUCAU